AUGAUGACAAACCAUGUAGGUUGUUUUACUUCCUCGAGUGAGGCAAAACAAAAGAGUAAAGAAAUCGAUAAGAAUAUCAAAAAGGAAAGCACAAGCAAUGUUUUAAAACUUUUAUUGUUGGGUGCAAGUGAUUCAGGUAAAUCUACAUUAUUCAAACAAAUGAAAAUUAUUCAAGAAGAUAAUGGUGGAUUUACAAAGGAUGAAUUGGUUGCCUGUCGUGGCUUUGUCUAUGAGAACAUUAUCAGUCAGAUGAAUGUAUUGUUGGAAGAGAUGUAUUGUGAUAGAAACAAAUUGUCUACUACCACUGUCAGUGUAGAAUCUGGAACAAGUGGCAUAAACAAUCAACCAAAUACAAACGACAACCUCAACAACACUAAUAAUUUUGACUAUAAUGGUGAAUCAUCAAGCCAUGAUUCAACUGUCAACAUGAAGUUAUAUAUUAAUGAACAACCACAACAACAACAACAACAUCAACAACCAGAAAACACCACCGAUAAAAAGGAAAUUUUAUAUUUCCAAGACCCUUCCAACUUUGAAAGAGCUGCCAGAGUCAUGCAGGCAUACCAAUUGCUUUUGGUCAACGAAUUCACUUCCACUUGGACUCCCAUUAUCCAAGAUAUAAAAGAAUUAUGGAAAUCAAAGGAAAUCCAAUAUCAAUUCAAUACUCGUGAAGAUGGAACAAAAUAUUUUCAUUUACAUGAUUCAACUCCAUAUUUUUUAAAUAAUAUAGAUUAUUAUUUAAAUGAAGAUUUUUUACCAACUGAACAAGAUGUAUUGAGAAUUAGAACCAAAACAACAGGAGUCACCGAGGCAGAUUAUCUAUUUAGAGGAUUGAGAUUCAAGAUGGUAGAUGUAGGAGGACAAAAGAGUUAUCGUCGAAAAUGGAUCCACUGCUUUGAUAAUGUCUCUGCCGUCUUGUUUGUAGCAUCACUCAAUUCCUACGACCAGGUUCUCGAAGAAGAUGGUACUACCAAUCGUCUCCAAGAUUCUUUGUCUUUGUUUGGUGAGACUUCCAAUUCAACAUGGUUCACCAAUAGCACCAUCGUUCUCUUCCUCAACAAAUCUGAUUUGUUCCGCGAGAAGAUCAAGAGAAUCCCCCUCUCAAAGUACUUCCCCGGGUAUACCGGCCCCAACAAGGCAAAGGAUGCCGCCACCUAUAUUUUCAACCUUUUUAAUUCGCAAUUCAAACAACGUCGACAACUUUACUUCCAUAUCACCUGUGCUAUCAAUACCAAAGAUAUCAAAUUUGUUUUUCAAUCAGUUGUUGAUGAUUUAUUAAAGAAAUCUUUACAAAUAUAUUAA